CAUGAUGACGUUCCAGCGUGACGUCAGAAGCACAUGUGAAUCAACUAUGGAGCUGCAACCUUUGCCGUGAUGUCAAGGAGAGUAGGGGUGGUCUGAACCGACACUUAUAACCUUCCUCCAUUCAUUACUCAGUAUUCAUCGCAUGAACUCUGACCAAGCACGUCACCGGCAGUCCUUCAUGAUGACCCAAUGGGCAACUAUUAACUGACCCAUCACUGAUCAUCCAGGGGCCACAUCGCUCUGUGUGCUCCUCCCCACACCUCACGGCAUCAUGGGGGACGUAGUUCGAAUGCACUUCAGCACAGUGGAUUAUAUAAUUUUCGCCGUGCUGCUAGUGGCCUCCACUGGAAUCGGCCUUUACUAUGCCUUCUCAGGGGGUCGCCAGAGGACCACACAGGAGUUCCUGCUGGCCGACCGCAGUAUGCGCUGCCUUCCCGUGUCCCUUUCACUGCUGGCCACGUUUCAAUCAGCGGUGGCCAUCCUGGGUGCUCCAUCUGAGAUUUACACACAUGGCACGCAGUACUGGUUCCUGGGCUGCUCCUACUUCCUGGGCCUGCUCAUCCCUGCACACAUUUUCAUACCGGUUUUCUAUCGGCUCCGACUUAGCAGCGCCUAUGAGUAUCUGGAGCUUCGUUUUAGUCAAAGUGUUCGGAUAUGUGGCACUGUGACCUUCAUCUUUCAGAUGGUUAUCUAUAUGGGAGUUGUUCUGUAUGCUCCCGCACUUGCACUAAAUGCAGUAACAGGUUUUGACCUUUGGGGGGCAGUACUAGCCAUGGGAUUGGUGAGCACGCUUUAUACAGCAUUGGGUGGUCUAAAAGCAGUGAUCUGGACAGAUGUGUUCCAGACAAUCGUGAUGUUUGCAGGGCAGCUGGCAGUGAUUGUGGUAGGUACCCACCAGGCUGGUGGCAUCGCCGAAGUAUGGAGGAAAGCACAAAACGGCAGCCGUAUCUCAGGGCUUGACCUGAACCCUGACCCCUUAGAAAGGCACACAUUUUGGACUCUAGGAGUGGGGGGCGUUUUCCUCAUGCUGGCCCUGUAUGGAGUGAAUCAGGCUCAGGUCCAGAGAUACCUCAGCUCCCGCACAGAGAAUGAGGCCAUCAUGUCCUGCUAUGCUGUGUUUCCAUGCCAACAGAUCGUGCUCACAUUGGGCUGCUUAAUGGGUCUUGUUAUGUACGCUCGAUAUGGGGAGGAGAGCCCCCUGGAUAUGGGCUACGUCAAAACUAAUGACCAGAUGGUGCUGUACUUUGUAAUGGAUGUGUUAAGAGAUCUUCCUGGUUUACCAGGACUGUUUGUUGCCUGCCUGUUUAGCGGAGCUCUCAGCACAAUCUCAUCUGCCUUCAACUCCCUGGCAACGGUUACCAUGGAGGACCUAAUUAAACCACAUGUCCCUGUCAUGACGGAGGCUCGUGCCACACUGUUAUCAAAAAUGUUGGCUAUUGGCUAUGGGCUUGUGUGUCUAGCCAUGGCGUACAUUGCAUCCUUAAUGGGCUCUGUUCUGCAGGCAGCACUCAGUAUAUUUGGGAUGGUGGGAGGACCUCUUCUUGGAGUUUUCUGUCUUGGGAUGUUUUUCCCUUGGGCCAAUUCCACUGGUGCUCUGGUUGGACUGGCAUCAGGGCUGAUCAUGGCUUUCUGGAUCGGUAUCGGCAGCUUUGUUUCACGAGUGGCUGCAUCUGCACCACCUGUGAUAAAUGGCACCAUCAUACCUGAUGUAGGAAACAUGACAACAGCUGUCAUGACGACACUCAUCACAACUAAACCCAGGCCUACUGGAGUUCAGGCUCUGUACUCUUUAUCAUACAUGUGGUACAGUGCUCAUAAUUCUGCUACGGUUGUGGUGGUGGGACUACUGGUCAGCUUUCUCACAGGGCCAUGGAAGGAGAAGGACUUAAACCCAGGUACGAUUUACCCUGUGCUUGGCAAUUUGCUGUUCUUUCUGCCCCAACGGUACAAGGAGAAACUAUGCUGUGUAACCCCACUGGAAGACAAGUCCAAAGUUCUGGACCACCAGCCUUACCAGAUGGCCCAGAAAGAGAUCAACGGUGUUGCCUGCACUAAAGAGGAAGACAAGAUUAGGGAAGAGGAGGGAGAACAGAUAACCGCCCAGCCAACUUGUAACCUGGCCCAUACGUUACAGGAAACAGCCUUGUGAAAUCUCCCACACUGCGAAAGACCUAAGGGACACUUAGUUACCCACAGACUCAAGGAGGACAACAUCUGUUAAGAUGUCAAAUUUACAAAAUCUCACUGUUCCCUCCUGCUACAUUGGGUAAGAACCCUAAGUCCAUAAGCUGUGGUUUGUGUCGUGGGCCCUCUGCAAAACUGGUACGCUGUGCCCUGAACCGCCAGCGAUGGAGGUGAGGGGUUGUCCUGUUUAUAUGUGAUACUUUAUGAUGUCAGUGGUCUGUCAUAAAAAUCGUAUUGUGUUUGAGAUACUGUUAAACAAAUUGAGAUGUGCUGAGUUAAUGUGACACAACUAAAUCUUUUAGUUUACAUGUCCUAAAUUUAAUCUCAAGAUUACUUACUUAGAUGAAUAUUGCUGGGUCGUGAUAUACGCACGCACAAAUCAAAGAAAGCAUACUGAACGCCAGGUUUAAGAUGGAUGGUUGAUCAUGAGAAAGACCGCGGUUUGCACAAAUAUUUCGUUGUUUAAUGUCACUGCCAUUCAAGUUUCUGGGUUUUUCUCUCCCAAAGAUUUUGUUUCGUCCAAAGUUCACUACCAUUCGCCUUUCCAUUCUGUUUGCCUUUGAAAGCGCUACAGUCAAUGUGUUCACUAAACCGAGUUAAAAGUUUACAGCGAAUGAAGAAUGGCUAGUAUCGAAAAAUGUAAAUGUAGUGAACUUUCAUCGUGUCAUCUGCAGUGGAGAAGUGCCAUAUUGUGAUUAGCUAUAAUGAAUCUAAUGCAUGUUUAAUCUGUAGUUACCUCAUUGAAGCCCAUUGUUUGUGACAAGUGCCUCCUCAUAUGAAUGUAUGAUGUAGUUUUGUGACUGGAUUGCUUCUUUAGUUUGUCGUUUCAUAGCCUAACCCAAAUGGAGCAUGGCCCACUCUGAUAGGAUGGUUUUUAAACAUCUGGACUCCCCACUAUUGAAUUCCCAUGAUGCUUUGCAUUGAGAGAGCCUGGCUAACUAUACUUUAACAUCUCAAAAAAUGCUUAUAUUUGCCUAGAUUGCAUAUUAUUUUGGUAUAGAUGAUUAUUUAGGAAACGGUCAUGUUCAGAAAUGUUCUUUAAAAGUUACAAUAGCAUAUUAUUCACAUAUUUGAUCUUAGAUAUAGAAGUAAAGAUGCUUGUUAUAGUAUCAAGAGAACUAUAAAGACUAACUGCAUAGAAUUGAAACUUCAGUGCUGGUUACUGACCAUAAUUAUCAGUAUUAGCAUAUGAAUUGAUAUGGUUGCACUCGAGUUCUUUGCAAACAAUUUGAUUCGUUUUUGAUGUUAUAGUGGCAUUUUCUGUGCUUUGCUGUCUAGUCCAAAUUCAAACCUCAGUCUAAGCCAUACCAUUUGUAGUUGCUGUUAGAUUUCCUAGGUCCUUGUAUUGUGCCUAUGACUGGAAUGAGAGCUUUCUCUGAACCUGUCACAAUCUCACAAACACAAGUAGUCGGUUAUAUUUUCAGGUUGUGCGCUCUGGGUCGACAGUUUGUUGAAGUCUCGCAUCUGUUGGAGUUUUGUUUUUGCUUGUUUGUUCAUUGUGGGUGUCUCAUUUUGGUCUGGUGACAGGUUUCAGUUUUACAUUUGUCUCCAAAGAAUCAUCCUAUGUGGAAUCAUGUUCGUCUCGUGGAAUCAUAAGUCGUUUCACACAGAAUGUGUUUUUGCCCUUCAAGGGUUAGUUCACCCAAAAAUGAAAUUUUUGUUAUUGAUUACUCACCCUCAUGUCGUUCCACACCCCUAAGACCUCUGUUCAUCUUCGUACACAAAUUAAAAUAUUUUUGACGAAAUCCGUGAGCUUCUGACCUCCCUAUAGACAGCAAUGUCAUAACCAAUUUCAAGGCCCAGAAAGGUACUAAAGACAUUGUUAAAAUAGUUUAUGUGACUACAGCUGUUUAAACUUAAUGUACUGAAGUGACGAGAAUACUUUUUGUGCACAAAAACAAAACAAAAAUAACUUUAUUCAACAAUUUAUUCUCUUCCCUGUCAGUUUCCUACACUGUUGACGUAAACACAGUGCAGCGCUUCCGGGUUCUACAUCAGAACGCCGGCUCAGUAUUGGCUGACGCUGUACAAGUGAGCACCACAACGCAUGCGUGUGCUGCUGAUGCAGGAGCUGGCUAAUAAUGAGCUGGCGUUCCGACGUAGAACCCGGAAGUGCUGCACUGUGUUUACAACAUCAACAGCGUAGGAGACUGACUUACUUUUAUUCAUUUCGAGGAAUACUGAAUUUAUUUUUGUGCAAGUGAGAUUGCAAGCAUUCUCACAUUUAGUCUAAAACUACAAUAACCAUCAUGUUUACACAGCGCACACAACACCUCUCCUCACUCCCGAUUUCUCUCAACAUAGGUUCAGGAGAGGUGUCACUCAGUAAAUAAGAAAAAAUAAUUUGCUUUACUUAUUUGAAAAAGUAACUCAGAUAUUUUGUUGUAAAUUUAAAAGUAAUGCGUUACUUAACUCAUUACUUGAAGAAAGUAAUCUGAUUACGUAACUCAAGUUACUUGUAAUGCGUUACCCCCAACACCGCUCGAGACUCUGCAUUCUUUCCAUUUCGUAGAGUUGUCUCGCUUUUGUAAACGCAAGAAACAUGGACUUCUUUUAUUGUUGCGCUGCUUCUCGCGUGUCUAGUAUUCAGUUCGAUUCCGUUAUGAUCCGUCUUGCUGUUUGAAAGAUGUUUGAAAAAUACUUUGUGUCCAGUUUUUUCAGCGUAUCAUGCGAUGAACAUCAUAUUUUUAAGACACAAUUUCAAGUUAAACUUUUUAAACGCAUCCUUACAUUCCAUUGCAAUCCUUUGUUUUCAAACGCAAGUACGCAUCCUGUGUGAAUUAACGGCCCCAAGGGUUAGUUGAGUGAUGACCACUCUACAUUUCAUAAGAUCUUCACGCCUUUAGAAAUAUAUUGACAGCUAUGAAUUAUGACGUCAAUUUUUUAGCCUAGCCUCGUCAUUUUUAAACGUCUGCUACGGAGCAGAUGUGUGUUCAGUCAUUCUUUAACAAACAAUGACACUAUUUUUAAUCCAUCCAGUUCAAUCUUUUAGAUUAAUAAUGACAUUUAUUUCAGGUAUGGAAAUAAGAAAUUAGUUUGGUAUUUAGUAACUUGAGCAUUCCAAUCACAUGGUCCAAUACAGAUGAUCCCUUUAAUAUAGAAUGUAAACAGCUUGAUUUCUCAUGUUCUGUUAUUAUAUUCAUUGUGUACAAGAUAUUGUUUUUAACAUUAUUAGUGUCAUAAUGUAGUAUGCAAAACUGGAUCAAUUGCGUGAAGAGCUGCCAUCUGUCAUACCUGAAAUUACUUGAAUUAUGUGUGUAAAAUGCUUUAAAACACCUGAACUUUUAAUAGUAUAGAGCACUUGAAUUUACAGACUGAAUAUUGCAUCUGAAUUGUUCCAUUGAUUACCACAUCAGAGUGUCUUAAUUCAGAAUGCAUUUCCCCUUUGUGUGAUGAAAGCAGGAAUAAAUUACCACAAGCACAUUUUAAAUCUGCCUACAACUGGACAAAUUGUCAAGGCACAGGCAGGGACUGAACUAUUAUAAAUGAUGCUGUCCUACAAUCUAAAACUGUGUAACCCUAAGAGAAUCUACCUUGGGGGGCCUAUGCGGAGAAAAAAACACUGAGUUCUACUGUGAGAAUUGUUUUUUAUGACAUUUUUAAAACACAUUUUAUAUGGAAAGCACAACAAUUGUUAGUGCAAAAUAAAUAUUUAAAUACAUAAUAUUUAUGUUUAUAUAAAUAUUAUGAGAAUAUUUAUUUUUAUGAAAGUUUUCCUAUUUUAUUUUCCCAAAUAUGCAUUCCAGAAUACCAUAAGCAAUGGAGUCUGACCAGCUUCAUUGCUUUGGGUGUGCCUUCACUUAGUGUCUCUUUAUUUGAUUGGUCGUGAAAGUUCUCACCAAGAACUUUCCAUUAUGUGUAAAAGAGGCAGUUGCAUUGGCCUGCAGAGCGUCUAUAGCGAUGAUCAAUUUUAUUUAAAUAGAUGAAUGCAAAAUAGAGGAACCGAUAGCCACUCUAGUGGGCAUUACUUUGAAUCAUGAACACUCAUUUUUCUUCUUGAUGAAUUGUUUGUAAUGAGAAAGUGAUAUAAAAUUUGUCUUGAUAACAAUAAAAAUGUCUUCCUGAC